AUGACAUACCUUACCCAGGACAGUCUAGCACCCCCCGAGACCAUGACAGAUGAGAUGGGACCCAAAAGAGAAUACGAAAUCAAUCAUAGACAUACGAAGCGGCCCAGCCAAGCCCUCAGCUCUUCGCUCUGCUUGCCCAAUAAUGUGCUCAGCUUUGGCGGCCUCCUCGCCCCUCUCUCGGCGGACGGACCCAGGUCCGAAGUCCGAAGACCCGGCCGGAAAGCGUUGGCGAGUUGA